AUGACACAACCUGGGGAUCUUGCACUCGCGUCCCACGCCGAUGUCCGCAGUAACGACACCAUCAUGAGGAGCAACGGUUCGCAAGGCCUCAAUUUUCGAGAGAAUAUCCUCCAUAUCCCGCAACCCCCGCGCCCCAUAGGACAACAAGCCAACUACUCCCACGAGUACUCCGCGUCGUUCAUGCACCAUACUGCAAACCAACCCUUCGUUUUCGCGUCCCCCUCGUCCGACAUUAUCAACAAACAUCCUAGUGCAGGCCAGAUGCGUGAGCUGGGUGCUCAUAUGUUUCUUGACCCGCGCCUCCUCACCAUAUCCGACGCAGGCAACUCAUCAACUGGAAUGGCUGACCAUUUCUCCGCAAGUUCCUGCGCCCAGGCCGAAUACUCACCAUGGCAAGCAUUGCACUCGAACACCAAUCCCCCUCCUAACACCGGUCAGGCUCAAUGCAUCACUCCAGUAUCAAUGGUUGCAAAUUCCAUUCCGCCGAAUUGUCCCAGCGAUGAUGCAAGCAAUCCAGCUGCCGACAAGGAUAGUACGCGAGCUCGUAGAAACAAAAAUGCAGCACAAACGGCACCAUCGAGCCGGAGUCGCGCAAAGAGGGCGAAGAAGCGGCAAGACCCAAUCGGCUUCCAGCAACCGAGUGGCAGUGAACAAGAGGGACCGCUAGGCUUGCGCUUUGCCAGCGUCCACGAAGUUGAGUUGAACGACGGUGUCGUCCGCUUUGAGUCGCCCAUUGAAGAUGACUCGAUACCCACGACGGAGGCCGACAAGCAGGAGAAGGUGAAGCGGCUAUUCGACGCCAUAUACUACGUUGCUCCGAUUGGCAAAGACGAGACCGUUACGACCGCUUUCCGUAGUCGCUGGAUUGACAGGGUCUACUACAAUCCAGUUGUGUUCGAGAAGCUGGCAUGGCGCAUACUUGAAGAAUGUCUGAAAAUCCACACGAAGGGUUGGAAGGCACCUAUCUACGACGAGGGGUUAAUGACAGAUAUUCUAAAGAGCCGAGAUCUCUACUUUGGGGACCGGAUUGAUGCAAUUAUAGAGCUUCUGGAAAGCACCAAGUCCUGCUGUGAAAGUCUUCUCAAGGGUGAACGCUUUUGGAGCGUAAUCGGCGCACCCGGAAUCUUGCUGAGGCAGUCAAAGAUGAACAAGGUGCAGAAUGCGAGAAAGAGGCUGAGACUGAACUUUGCCAAAGAAGCGGAGGAGACCAACGAGCUUGUCUUGGACGACGGCCAAGAAGAUCAUGGAGGAGCAUCUCUGGGUGCCACGGUAGCCAAGCCCGAACGACGAACUCGUGGUAAGAAAGGACCAUCAAAGUCAAACCCCGACGCCGACGCUCGCGUGUCUUGUCGGGCACGCAGCUCAGCGGUAGGCCAGCGCACCGUAGCCACCGAUUGCCCAGAAGAGUUUACCGGAGAGGGUUCUGGUGCCUAUGGCAACGACACCAGCAGCCACUGCCAGUCUCGAGACCCGCAAUCCGAGGUCCUCGCAAAGCGCACGCAGCACCAUCAUGCGAACUCGGAAGUGGAGAGCCAGGAGGAGGAGGCUGACCGCAGGAUGACUGGUGAUUUCCUCAUCCAGCGCAACAUUCACCGGGGUUCAAGUUCCGAUAGUGAAGGAGAACAGCACCCCGGACAAUCACACCUCAUUGAGACUGAUGGGGCGCAUCAGUCUGCAACCAUUAUAUCCACUACAACUCCUGGGAACAAGCGGACGUGGGUCGAUGAGCGCAACGACGACACCUUGAGUACUGGCGGGGAAGGGUCCAGUUUGGAGCCACCCAAGGAAAGGGGCCGGAGGGAAAUGCCCCCUCAUCCGCAAUUCCUAGAGGGUGCCCUUCACGAAAGCAUAGGAAAUAAUCAACCAAAUACCCCUAUGAGACUGCCAUCUGCCAAUAAGACUAGUUCUAGGGGAGUCUAUCGAGUGCAGCAGGGAACUUUUUUCCUUUAG